GUGCUCUGGCCACUUGGUAUGACGCCGGACGGGACGGCUUCAUCGACCUGAUGGAGCUGAAGCUGAUGAUGGAGAAGCUGGGGGCCCCCCAGACCCACCUGGGCCUGAAGAGCAUGAUCAGGGAGGUGGACGAGGACUUGGACGGCAAGCUCAGCUUCCGGGAGUUCCUGCUCAUCUUCCACAAGGCCGCGGCUGGGGAACUGCAGGAGGACAGUGCGCUGAUGGCGCUGGCCAAGCUCUCUGAGAUCGACGUUGCCGUGGAGGGUGUCAAAGGUGCCAAGGACUUCUUUGAAGCCAAGGUCCAAGCCUUGGCAUCUGCCAGCAAGUUUGAAGCAGAGUUAAAAGCAGAGCAAGAUGAGCGGAAGCGGGAGGAAGAGGAGAGGAGGCUCCGCCAGGCAGCCUUCCAGGAGCUCAAAGCCACUUUCAGUACAUAGUCCUGCCGACCUUGACCGCCAUCCACCGCUGCGCCUCACAGAUGCCCGGGAGGAGAUUGCCAGGCACCCUCACCCUGCCGGCCCCUCCCUGAAGCAGCCUCACACCCCCUGCCCAAUGCCAACCCCUCAGCCUCACACGGGGGCCGGGGGCUGCUCUCAUUCAUCCCAGGGUCUGAGCCCCAGCAAGAGGGUCCUGGGGUGGCCAAUGCCCUGCUCAUCUCCUCACUCUUGGUCAGAUUCUGCCACUUGCUUUUGCAUCGUCUGUCCUUUAGUGACAAUGGGGCUUACGGGAGGCCAGGGUGGACCGCUGUCUGUCCCCUUUCCAACAGGGGGAAGCAGCGCACAGCCGAGAUGACGCCGAGUAGAGACAGGAAGUUCUGUUCCUUCCUGUUGCCUUUCUCCUGGCUCCUUAGCAUCGCCCCUAGGCCCACCAUCUUCAUCCUUCCUCCACCCUUGUCUUCCCAUUUCAGCCUUUUCUCCACUCUUAAUACUAUGCUGCUUGACUAUAAGGAUGCAAGAAUAAUUAGAAUAUUAAGGAGUAGAGGAAUUCCUGUUAACUCUGACUAUGCAAAUUAUAUUACAAUGAACACCUGACAUUCCCAAGUGACAAAUCCAAGGCCUUUCAAAAUCCCCAAAGUCAUGACCAUCCCCAUCAUCUAGCUAGUUUCCAGCAUCUGCUCCAAGGUAUUGAGGUGAAGAUGUUCUUACCCCAGUACAGAUUUUUAUACCUUGAGAGUUCUUUGGAGUUGCUUAUAAAUAACAGGGGUUUGUUGUAUUUUUAAAAAAAUUUUCCUAAUGUCAUAUUUAUUUCUUCUCUUUUGUAACUGCUGUCUUUAUAAUAAAGAAAACAACUGCCUUUCUACCUUAUCACAAUUACAUUUUAAAUAAACUGUGCAAAUGAACUUGGCCGUC